AUGUGGUCAAUAGUAUUAUUUGAAAAUGAAAAUACUGUCGAAGUCGUUCCAGCACACUGGGUUAAAAAUAAUGUUUGUGCCUGGCCCAAAAAAUAUGUAAAAAAAAAUGUUGAACGCAGAGUAUUAGCCAACAAAUUUGAUUUCAACUAUUUUGUAUCAAGAACGUUAAAGAAAAAUAUUGCUACUCUAACAGAAGCUAGAGCGAAACUGAAAUAG